AACCAAUUAUUGUUAUUAAAGAUGAAUCUGCUGCAGUGUACUUGGAGAAUAAUGAAACAAACAAAAAAAACUGGUGUGUCUGGCCUCUCUCCACCAACCUGUCUGCGCGUGACGCAAGGGUAGUCUACUUAAAGCAGGAUUAGCGCCCUACCAACAUUACACUCAACUGCCCUCCAUUCAAGCACGGCGCGACCUGGCGUCCAGCGCUCGCCAUCGAAAAUAGGAGGGCUUUCUACUAAUCAGCACUCAGACUCGCGCGAGCAAAAGUGCUUGGGUUGUCAAGUGAUCUUUUAGCAGAGGCGCAGAAGGCAGAAGGCAGGAGCGCACGCAGCAGCGGCGCGUUACCAAUGCAUUCUCCAGAUAUUGGAGCAUCCGGAGUGUAAAACGAGGGAAACAAUAGAUUCCACAAGAACGGUGCACGGUGUGCUAUCAUCUCCAAAUGAAUGACAAUGGGGGAGUGGACCAUAUUAGAGCGUCUCUUGGAGGCAGCUGUCCAACAGCACUCUACUAUGAUCGGAAGGAUCCUCCUAACAGUGGUGGUGAUUUUCCGGAUUCUAAUCGUUGCGAUCAUUGGAGAGACCGUCUAUGAUGACGAGCAGUCCAUGUUUGUGUGCAACACCCUGCAGCCCGGCUGUAACCAGGCUUGCUACGACAAGGCGUUCCCCAUUUCCCACAUCAGAUAUUGGGUGUUUCAGAUUAUUCUGGUGUGCACCCCCAGUCUCUGUUUCAUCACCUACUCCGUGCACCAGUCUGCCAAGCAGAAGGAGCGCUUGGAGCGGGGGUAUUCCACCGUGUUCCUCUCCUUGGACAAGCGCCAAGAUUCCAUCAAAAGAGACGACAGCAAAAAGAUCAAAAACACCAUUGUAAAUGGAGUACUUCAGAACACGGAGAACUCCACGAAAGAAGCCGAGCCCGACUGCUUGGAGGUGAAGGACAUCCCAAAUUCGGCCAUGAGAACUAGUGGAAAGUCUAAAAUGAGGAGGCAGGAGGGCAUCUCAAGAUUUUACAUCAUCCAAGUGGUUUUCCGAAACGCUCUAGAGAUAGGGUUCCUGGUGGGUCAAUAUUUCCUGUACGGAUUCAAUGUCCCCGCAGUAUAUGAGUGUGAUCGAUACCCCUGCAUCAAAGAUGUAGAAUGCUACGUUUCAAGACCCACGGAGAAGACUGUGUUUCUGGUCUUCAUGUUUGCGGUCAGUGGCGUCUGUGUGCUUCUGAAUUUGGCUGAACUCAAUCAUCUUGGAUGGAAGAAGAUCAAAGUAGCUGUCAAAGGCGUGCAGGCGAGGAGGAAGUCCAUCUACGAGAUCCGUAACAAAGACAUGCCUAGAAUGAGCAUGCCCAAUUUCGGCCGCACUCAAUCAAGUGACUCUGCCUAUGUGUAGCAUAUUGAGAAGGCCCAAGACAAGCCUCGUGGACACCGGUUGCGUCAAACUGUAUGGGUUCUCGUGGAGGGCCAUUCAUUUCAAAUGGGAGGCAAUCCACACCACUGCGACUCAUCUGCUGGACAAGGUUGUGGUGCGUAGCACUGCGUGCAGUGUGUCGCAUGCGUUGGAUUUUUCCAACUGGUGUAUUGCUUUGCUGUGUGGUACCAGACACAGAAGUAGAUAAACCACCGAAGAAGUUGCAAAUAUGUAGCGUUUUUUUUUUUUUUUUUUGCAUGCGGCUUAAGUGCGACAGCUGUGCAUUUCAGCACCACUGAACAGAACAAAUGUACAAAGAAUUAAAAUAUAUUUAACAAGAAUGUGGUGUAUAUUUUAUCACACCAACUUCGCUUGCGAAGUAGGUGGGGUAGAUCGAUUUUAUUUGUCUUUUACUGACAACUAAAAAACAAACGGACCAAACGUUUGUCAUAUAUUUAUGAGAAGGCACUGAUGCAAUGUUUAUAGAUGAUGGUUUAGCCUAUAUUUUGUAAAGCGCUUCUUAGAAGUAUAUAAUGUAUGUGUUGACAUUCACUCUGUCGUUCACUUCAGCUGUCGAACAUGGAGUAAAUACUUGCACUAUAUAUGAAUAAUGAGCCAAAAUAUAUCCAAUUUGUGCUGUGAUGGUGUUUUUAUGACAUUCCGCCGGAUUUAAACACCACAUACCAUUAUAGCAAUGAAACACACACAUUAUUUGACAGUUUUUGGGUCAAAUGUACUCAAAUGAUGUACAUUCUUCCAGUAUAUUACUCAUCUCACAUCUUUGUUGUCAGCACUAUCGUUGUUUUGGUUGCCUGAGUUUGCACCAUUGACCUUAACAUUACAUUUACAUUUAAGUCAUUUAGCAGACGCUCUUAUCCAGAGCGACUUACAAACCUAUGUGAUCACUCAAUUCAAUUGGGGGGGGGGCUGCAAAUGCUGACACCUGGGACUUUUAAAUUCAUUUUUUCUUUCUUUUAUUUACACCCAGGCGCCCAUUGCUUUCGUUUGUGGGCAAAUUGAUUUUCUUGAUUUAAUGUCAUCAAGUGCCAUAUAUGUACAUAAAUAUAAACAUUAUAAAUCUAUAGAGUAUUAUCAUCAUCAUAACAGCAGAAUUCUGUAAAUUCCUCUUGGAUUAAAUGCUGUCAACGUAUUUGAUUUGAAUAGCUGUGGUUUGUAUGGAAAUGGUAUGCUACUGCUAUAUUAUCAUCCCUGGUUUCAUUUGGCAACAUGAAAAAACAAGCAACCUUUGCACAUUCAAAAAGUAUUGAUGAGCAAUUAGUCAUAUAGACUAGAGCACAAAUCUGAAUUGGAAUCAAUCAGAUGAUAGGCAAUAAAUGUUUGCCCCUGGUGCUACCAUUUUCCAAAGCAAUCAUCGAUGUAAGAUCAUACUGAAAGGUGAUCCUAUCCACAAAUAAAAAUGUAA